UAUCUGUACGUACAUAUACCUAUGUAUGUAUACAUGUAUAUAUGUACACCGAACUACGCGAGUAAAUAUAUUAUGUGCGUGUGUAUACGUAUAUAAAUAUUUUUACGCGACGCAAACAAAUACGCAGACAUAUACAUGUAUACAUAUAUAUAGUGCAUAUAGUGCAUAUAUAUAUAUAUAUAUAUAUAUAUAUAUAUGUUUAUAUGUAUGUAUAUGUAUAUAUGUAUGCGUAAAGUUUAAUAAACGAGUACAUUAAUAAUAAUAAUUAUUAAACAUACAAGAACAUACGAUAAUAUCAACGUGUAUGUGUAUAUGCAUGUCAACUUGGCAGAUGAGAAGGUAGAGAAGAAAAAUAAAAAAUUACCGUACACGGAUUGCAAUUUUCAAUGUUGAUAAAAAUAAAAAUGAACAACGAACAAGGAAGCGGAUAAAAACAAAAAUUAAUGCAAGAAACAAGCUCUUCUUUUCUCACUUUCGUUCUGUAAUACUUCAAGCACGGUAGUUGUACUGCGGGGAAAAGUAUGCGAAUAUAUAAAACGACUUGAUAAAAGGAAGGAAAGAAAGAUAAUAAAAUAAAAACUCCCGAGGGAGAGAUUGAACCGACGUUGAUAAAAAAAAAACCAAAAAAAAAAAAAAACUACAAACAAUCGUAUUCGUUGCACAAGUUUUAUAAGUGACGUUGUUAAAACACACGUACAUCAUAUAUACAACAGAGUAAUCGGGGAAGAACGAGGGAGAGAAAGAGAGAGAGUGAUCAGUCGUCGAUGUAGGUAGUUCAUACCUGGAAAAAGUUAUAACAAGUAAAAAAAGAGAAACAACAAAACAAAAAUUUGAAAAUAAAAAAAAGAAACAAAAAAACACGAAACCAAAUGAAAUUGUUAAGAAAAGACCCGAAGAAAUUCCGCUGAAAAGAAGAUGUAACAUAUUAAAACGACGUUGAAAUGAAAGUUUGCGUAAAAUAAAGAAAGAAAAAGAAAAAAAGGAAAAAAUUGAGGUGUCGGUAGUUUUGUUUGUUUGUUUGUUUUAUUUAUUUAUUUAUUUUUUUUUUUUUUUUGCCAUCCCGUGGGGCGGAAACCGGAAUCAUUUCUUAUAUACUCUGGUAGGGGGUGCAAGGCGUUAUAUACUUCGGGGGUUGCGUGCGCGUCGGGGGUUUUGAAGUACUCUAUCAGUUCUUACCGUUCGUUCGGGUUCUGUUAGAUACGGGACAGUGUUUUUUACCUCCUGAGUAUUGAAGUGAAUUGCAUACGAAUACAUACGUCUGACGAAUAUGUUUAUACGUACAUACAUACACGUGUAUAAAACGUAAGCGAUUAGUUUGUUACAUCGAAAUUUAGUGAGUUGAAAUAUUUGCGUAGAUUCUGUGACGGGCGGAAAAAUCAUCCGGACAAGUGUAAUUCGUAAAUAAUAAAACAUGUUCGUGAUCAGUUUCUUCAAGAUGAUUGAUUAAAAGUUCCUCCUACAAGCAGCGCUGGAAUCUCGAGAUCGAUCUACAUUUUUGGCUGACAAACAGUAUGUGCUACGUUGGAAAUUAUUAUCAAGCCAGUCUAGAGUCGAGGUUGGAAGAAGAUAAUAUAAAGUACAGGAAGGAUAAUACGAAAGGGGGAUAUUAGAGAGGAGAAACAUAGUACUAGCACGUUGAGAGAAUCGAGGAAAAUUCUCUAUCCAUCCAUCCAUCUAUCCAUCUAUCCAUACAUCUCUCGGUAUUCGUGGAGCCGAUGCUAGAUGAACCAGUACGCGAGAAGAUAGGACAUUAAACGUGCGCAGGAAGACGGAGGGAAAGAAGCACAGCGAACGUUAUUCUUAGAGCGUCGUUUUACCAUCAUCCCCACCGGAAGCCCGAAAAAUCUCCUCAAAAACUCCCACUACCACAUUUCCGUCGGGUAGUGUCUCUCUCUCCUUCGCGGACGCUUUCCCCACCUUGUCAGAUUCCCUCUCGCACCAGUCUCAGUUUUCCCCCUCCUUACUUCCUAUAUUCCCCCAGACGUUCGACGACGCCGUUGCACCGAGUUCCAUCCCCACCGCUUUACGGAGGACAAGGUAUACGUCACGCGUGACGUCACGAGAGCAUACACACCGGGACACCACCAAGCUCUCAUCCCCACCACGGGAGGCAGCCGUGCGGCAGUAGCGGGAGAAGAACACCCCCAGGAGCAGCGGUUAUAUACCCGGUGCAUUUCCCCUCACCCAACGCAUACACAUCCGAGGGGAUAUCACACGUUCCCGACGAAGGUCUUCGCGCGCUCUAUCCAACGUUCGUCGUCUUGGUUGUGGUGGUGGUGUCGCGGCGGUCGUAGGUUCGCUGUUCGGAGGUACAAAACGCGAACGGGAAACACACACACAUCCUAAGAUGUGAUUUCAAAAAUGGCGGAUUGCUCCUAUGCCCGUUGCAUACAGGAACGGCGACACAUUCGACGUGAGCUACUGCGAUGGACGAAGAAUAUGGUUUACGUAGUUGUUGUGGUGGUGUCGCAGGUCUAGAAAGGGUAGCGGAAGAAUUGAUGGGCCGUAGGAGAUGGAAGCUUUACCAAGAUACAAUAUACAGCAGCAGUCGCAGUGCAUCGAUAACGCAACCGCAUCACAUUUACCCGCCAUCCCUCUGCCAGGAUCCCCCAGGAAGUCAAAACCACCACCAACCAGUGUCGGCGGCUGCGACGGUACAGCUGAGGGUGAAACAAGAGCCGAAUACACAAAACCGCGAUCAUUCAGCCGACGAGGAACAGGAACUGGACAAAAGGGUCGUAGAAGACGCGCGGCUCAGCUCCGAAAGCAUAAAGCUCGAAACAGCGGAUCGGGACCAGGACCUGGAGGAGGACGAAGACGACAAGAUUGGCGAGGGCGCGACAAGAGAGGCGAGCCCUCUUCGCACUCUCAACUCAAAUCUCCCUCGGGAACCGAACCAAUCCAACAUUAUCGACACGGAAGGGGCCAAGGAACAAGAGGCAGAUCUCGCGUUGGAGCGGGUUCAGGGGAUUCAAGGACUGCUGAGGGUGAAGAAGGAGGAAGAGCUCCAGGAACCGCCGAGUUCCGUUGGGCUCGUAUCCUGCCUCGAGGAGGGGGUCCGGCCAGUGGCUCCUCUCGGCAAAGAAACGGAGGAACGGCCCAGAUUCUCCGUAGAGAACACACCAACCUCGCUGCCUUAUCUCGGCAUCGGCGUAACGAACAGACGUUCGAGUCCUCAACCUGUGGAUUGGAAGCCAUUGGACAAGUGCUACCUCUGCCUCGAUGGCAAGCUGCCGCACGACGAACAACCGCCCCUCCAGAUUAACUCGCCUGACAUAAAUUCGCGAAACUUUGUAACGCAGAGUCCGCAAAGUGAGACCAGCAGCAGUUCCCGGUCAGCAGAAUCCCCGAUGUCGGUCCAGGUCGACCCGGCGAUGGCUGCGACUUUGGCGACGGUUGCGGCCCUCGGUGGUGCGGCUGGUGGUGCUGCCGGGUAUCCGACUCUCCUUCCUCACUGGUGUUUGCCCCCGAGGGAGGCGCCCCGGGUCGGGGUACCAGCUCACCAGGAGAGCGCCUCCGUCGUCGACCAGCCACUCGACCUCUCAGCAAAACCCAGAAACUCUCAGGAUAACAACAUAUCUCUGUUGGAGCAACAAAAAAUACCUCUCAGAAUGCCGACGGGAAUCGACCCAAAGAGCAUUUUCAACAGCUCGUGUUACCGGGCAAAGCCACGUAUGACGGGACCUGGAGGCGUCGCCGGUGUUCACGGGGUCGUAGGUGCCGGAGGUGGUCGCAGGACUUACACCGAGGAGGAACUCCAGGCGGCGCUGCGUGACAUCCAAAGCGGAAAGCUCGGGACGCGGAGGGCCGCGGUAAUAUACGGGAUACCCCGUAGCACCCUAAGAAACAAGGUCUACAAGCUAGCGAUGGAGAGGGAGCGGGAAUCGUCCCUGAUAUCGCUAUCCCACCCCCAUCAUCACAACGAGACCAGUGUUGUGCCUUCUACACCCAAUGCGUCUCCCGCCAUCGUCUCCGCAUCCGUCUCCACGUCCGUCUGCCUGACUGCCACUCCGUCACCACAAGCGGACGAGGGCGAUGAGAAAGAGCUUUCGGGAGCGGAGGAGGAAAAGGAAGUCGAAAAGGCUCUUCUGAAGCCGCUACUAUCCUUGGAGGAUCUCGUGAGGUUUUCGGGCCUCGAAGGCGGUGGCGGACAUUCUCUUAGGGCGUUGCUUCAACAAGGACCUGAAACGGGAGCCGAAUGGCCGGGUUUCGACCAGCAGACUUUCGCUCCGUACAUCCAGAGGAUGCUGGCGGCCGCAAGACCGUUCAAAGGUAUGGAAACACCCGACUAUCGUAUCCCAGAGGUGAUGAGGCGGUUGAUGAGCGAGGACAAGCGAUUGAGCAAGGACAUGAACGGUGAACAGCAGCAGCACCAUCACCAUCAUCAUCAGCAACAGCAUCACCACCACCAGCAGCAGCAACAGCAGCAGCAGCAACAACAGCACCAUCACCAGCAUCAGCAGCACAUGCGAGAGCCGAUAACGAACGACGACUUUAAUCCGAGCAUAGAGGAGGAGGCAAGCGACAGUGCUCAGGGUAGAGCGAUCCUGAAAAUUCCGUCCUACAAGCCGGCGAACACGCCGGGGUCAAGUAAAAACGGUGAACCGUCGACGGUCGGUUUUCCUCAGAGUUUUGCCGGCGGUUCGGCGAUGAGUGCGGCGGGUAGUCCGAACCUCUUGGAGCGUUUGAGCCCGGCGUUCUCCGGGACGAGCAGCCCGACGAACUCGCUGGCCGGGAAAGGGGUCGGGGUCAACUUCCGGGACGUGAUAGCCAAGAGCAUAAGCGUCAAGUUCCAGGAGGGCAUGCCGCCCGGCGGUGGGGCCCCGCAGUCCCAACUCUCCGAGUCGAACCCCUACAAACGGGGCAGGUACACCCCGCCACAACCGCCCCAGCAGUCCCAGGUACCCACGAAACCGGGGGGCCCGGACGGCAAGCCGAAGCCAGGAACGGGGGGCAAGGGAACACGUCCGAAGAGGGGGAAGUACCGGAACUACGACCGGGACAGCCUCGUCGAGGCGGUGAGGGCCGUCCAACGAGGCGAGAUGAGCGUACACCGGGCGGGAAGCUAUUACGGUGUGCCGCACUCUACCCUCGAGUACAAGGUCAAGGAGCGCCAUCUGAUGCGACCACGUAAACGGGACCAGAAACCGCAGGACGAAAAGGCUAAGGAGGCGGCCGUAGCGGCGGCCGCCAUGCGGCAGGUCGGUGCUCAGGACAAGAAAUCGCAGCCGGCGAAACCCCUGAAGACUUUCACUCCACCCGGUCCGAUACCAGGGCCCAACGGAUUGAAAAUGCCGCCGUUCAUGGAGGGCAUGCCCCACCUGCCGUUCGCCCACCCGUUCAACUUUUGGGGCCCCGCGCCGUUCAUUGCGCCCCCCUUUAUAUCCGGGGCCAAUGUCUCCGCCAUGAUACCCGAGCAGUAUUUCGCCACCCAGAGAAUGCGGGGGCUCCAGGAACAGCAGAGAAACGUUAUCGCGCAUCACCAGCAGCAGCAACAGCAGCAGCAGAGGGAGAGGGAGGGCCUUGGGGGCCCGCCAGAAGCGGCUGGGGCCUCGAAUUCCCGGGCGGUUGGCCCGGCCUUGGGUAAGAGCACGCGGGAGAUGGCCGAGAGUCUUUACGACGGAACGGGGACGAACGGUAGCUUCCUCGACAACCUGAUCAGGUCCAGCCUCGAAACGGGAAUGCCCCGGGAUCAGCGGGCCCUCGCCGAGGCCCGGAACCAACAACAGCAACAGCAACAACAACAGGCCCCCCACCACGGCCCCGAGACAAUGAGCAACAAGGCGCUGAUCGACCAGCUCUGCAGGAACUCGAGGCGCACACCGCUCACGAGGAUCCCGCAGGAGGGGGAGGAAGAGGCGGCCUACCGGGGAUUGGGACGCACGCUUCCCGAAAGGCCCGAGCGCGUCCCGACCGUCGAUUUGAGUCCCUCGCCGUCGGAACGGGGCCGCACGGAUGACGGAAGUGACCGACUGACGUCACCGCCGACACCAUCGUCCGUUUCGCGGGCCGGAAGUUGCAGAGACGAGGAGACCAGGGACUCGCGAAACGACGGUAGCAGCAGGGAGAGGGAGGGGUACAACGGGCAGGACGAUAGCAGGUCGGAGAGGGGCGAUGGGGAGAGGGAGAGGGACAGAUCGAAGACAAUGACGCUGCAGCAGCAACUUAACCACUACCCGGACUUACACAAGAUGUACGCCGCGUCAACUGACAAAAGUGCCUGUGAUAGUAAACUUAUAGUAGAUCAGUCGAGCCAGAAACCAUCUCAGCAACAGCAGCAACAACAGCAGCAGCAAAACAGCGAGUACAGCAGGUCCGCGGUUAUGGGUGGCCUUGUAGCACAGCUUCAACGAGGCUACAACCCGACGACGAGGCCCUCUGUCGAGUCGCAGCCGCAACAGCAGCAACAGCAGCAACAGCAGCAACAACAGCAGAGCAAUCACGUCGCGGUAGAGCGCGCCACUGUCCUCAAAAUGGAAGACUCGGUAGAGCAGUAGACAAAGUCAGUACAGUAAUUAUCAUACUCGAUUAUAGUAAUGUUUUAUGUACAGUGAUGAUGCUAAGUCGUUUAAGCGUUAAACGACGUCAACGCCCUCGCGGUCAUAUCGAGGGAAACCUGAACCACGGUUGAAAACUGUAAACAGAGAGGGGGGUGAGUAGCGAUAGGUUACGAAGAUCGGCAACGUCUUUCGGACUUUGUUGAUCUGUGUAAAAAAAAAAAAAAAAAAAGACAAGCCGCGGAG